CGAGCUGACGUUGACUGUACAUAGUUCUCAGGUUGAUGAUCUUUAAGUUCUGGUAAGAUUAUAAGGUGAGUGCUGCAGGCUCCACUCACUUAAGAAGUGUGUACUUCUCCCCUCAAAAGAAGCACAACGAAGAGCAUGUAGAGGUGAAUCCCCGUUUCAUGUACUGAAACUGACGACAUUUUGGCCUAUCUAUUUAGUAGUUAGCUGUUUUUAUUUUUUCUUAGAAUUACCGCCUGCAGUACUCCAAAGUACCGCUAUGGGCACGCGUACUCCCAUUUGCUCAUCGAUAUUGUUUUCCAGUAUUUACGGUAAUAUACCGGAAGUGGCCAUUGGGCAAAUGCCGUUCCCUGAUAAACAACAUCACAGGGUUACUUUUGAUGUCAGUAACUGUUACCUUUCGCCGGUAGUCGAGAAAAAUAUGUUAAUAAACAUGUCACCGUGUGGCUCAACUUUGGAAGAACAGCUUUCGUCCAUAAUGGACGUGCUUGCGAAAGCGGCUGUAUCUGAAAUUAGCCAACUGAUCUCGGAUGGGUCGGCUACUCUUCAGUUACAAAUAACUCAGAGCCGCGAAGAAAACGAAGCGCUGAGGACGAGGAUGAAGGUGAUGAAGAGUGAGCUGUUUUCUUUGCGGCUUCAAACAAGAUCAAAUGCAUCGCGUGCGCAAAGUCGUUUUGGCCUGGCUCGACCCAACAUCUGCAAACCACGGACUACAUCAAUGAGAAAUGACCUAAAGCCACUGAUGGACCACAAGGCGGUUGGGAUUUCCCGUUUUCAAUCAACAUCCAAAAGUGAGGCAUCGUCAGUUACAAGUCCAGCAGAGAAGGAGACCCCCGACAUCAUUUUAAUCAAGGUUGAAGAGGAUAUCAGUGGAUGCAGGCCAUUAGACGACUGCAAUGCCUUUGGAGACCGCAACACUCAGAGCACAGCCGCCUUGAAGAGUCUGCAUGUGGACGCCCCUGGCUCCUCCCACAUGUCCAGUCACAACGGGGAGCUGCGGAUCUUGAGUGUCCACGGACAUGGGGGGGGCCAACUGGUGGUGGACGGCCAUGACACCCUCUUCAGCGCGUCCGAUCUAGAGGCCCUUAGCUCGCUGUCCGUGGACCACAGUGUGGCCAAGAGCCUGGACUGCGGCAAGCGGCUCGUCCACUGUGAGGAGCUGACUGGGCAUCGGGGCGGCCGCAAGGGCCGGCCCUGUGUCUUGUGUGGCAAGGUUUUUCCCAACGAUUCCAAGAUGACCAUCCACAUGCGUACCCACACCAGCGAGAAGCCCUACAGGUGUGACCAAUGCAUGAAGCGCUUCAGUCAGAGCUGUAGCCUGAAGAUCCACAUGAGGAUUCACUCCGGGGAGAAGCCCUGCGUGUGUCACCAGUGCAACAUCAGCUACAGGUACUCCAGCAGUUUGCGUCGCCACAUGACCAAGCACAAGGGCAAAGGGGUGCUUUGACACGGAGAAACAGAACGCUUUGAUUGACACCAUUAUCCUUUAUGUGAUGAAAUUACAGCUUCUAGGUUCUUCUUACGAUUAAAGGUUUCCGUCACGAUUAAAGACGUUUUCCAACUUUUUGAUAUUUAUAGAAAAUAUCUAUUUCUGUGUUGUUAAUAAUUGUGAUGAAGAACUACUUAUUUUUUGGACAAUUCAGAUAGCAAAGAAUUUGAAUUAAUUUUUAUUUUAAACUUUCACAUUGUGGGUUAAUUGAAGCGAAUGGCGUGGUGAUUAUUACUAAAACAAGAGCUGGUAAAUUGUGAAAAAUGAAUAAAACUGUAAUCGGACAACGUGGUUAUAUGCUAUAGACCCUAGAGUAUCUGGUAUAAAGGCUGGGACAAAUUUCGUAUUAUAAAUAUGUAAACUUUAUGUUGAAAGUAUAAACCGUCGCGAUUCACAUUGAAACGAACAAUUUGCGGCCUGGCUGUCACCUGUGGACCGCGGUAACUCUGCCCUGUACCUACAGACACGCACACACACACACAAUUUAAGAGCAUGCUAGACUCUUCCGUCUUCUCAGACACUCAGAGAAUGAUGUGCUUGAUCAUUUCGAUAAUAAAGGUAGAUUCCACAUUCCAUCUUUAGAAAUUAUUUAGAAAACUUAAUUGCAUAAUAUGCACCUUUCCAUUAUAAGUGCACUCAAGAAUAGAAAAAGUAAAUACACACUGCAUAAAGUACCCUCUAACACAUCAGGGGGGUCAUUGCCUCGGUGGGCUGGAGUGGAGUACUCCUCCGUUGGGGACGGGGUACCUGAAGAUGUCUGAAAGGGCGGCAACAAGUUCAAGCUACACAGGCCGUCCUUUGAUUGGUUGACAGAAUCGUCACUUCUGUACGACGGGAAUAAUAACAAACAAACCCAGUAUCCGCAAGGUAUUUAUAGAGUACGGCGAAAGCUCCGUUUAUUGAAGAUAUGUCAAGCAAAAAUUGCCAUCCUUCUUGGAUGUCCUAUAGUGUUGCUCUUUGUUUAUUGUCUCACGUUCUUAUUUUACCUUGGAUUUAUUAGCAGGCUACACUGUCGGGUUGCUAUGAGGUCACGAUGCUUAAGUAGCUGCCGCAGCUAUCGCCUACCGUCUUAAGCCCCGCCCUACGGUAAGGGUACUGUCGGCAGUGGUAACGCGAACCAUAAAUGAGCUGGGCAAAACCGCACCUUAACUACUGGGCCAAGGCUUGCUGGGCCUAAGUAAACCCAACAGUGGAAAUGCGCCAUUAUUUCCCAUGGCCCCCCUGACUUGUUCUUGGCCCUCUCCUGUUCCACCUCAAUAUUCAGGCUCAGUGUUUCUCAAACAUUUUUUACAAGUGUAACCCUUAUAAGAUAUUUCCCCCCCCCCCCCCCCCCCUUCACAAGCGAAGGUUUAUUUUUUUAAUGAAUGAAUAUAAAUAAUGUAUGUGCGUUCUAUUUGGCAUUGUAAACAUGAACAAUAAAAUGGUGCAAAUAUUCCCAAUUCAACGAUA